GAAGAUUGCCAAUUUUAACUGAUCUGGUUCCAAGGGAUCUGGGAAUAAGUCUGUGAGAGAAAAGCAGCAAUACACGCGUCUUAAAAAAGGUUUCACGUGUUUAAAUGGCAAACAUCAGAACUAAUGGGCAGAUGUCCCCUCUCCAGUUUCUCCAAGACAUAACUACGACAUAACAACUCUUUAGUUCAGGAGAGUAGUUGCAGUACCCAGACACCCAUAGCAACGCAGUGACGCCUGGAAGGUCAGUGGCAGAGGCCCUUUUCCAACUUAAUUUAAGACGGGUCCUAAGUUGUGGAGUCUUGCUUGAACUCCUCGGUCACGGCACUGCUUCGCCGGAAAACAGCAAAAGUCUAAGGCAGGAAUAUCUUCCAGGUCUCACAAUGUCGAAAAAGGGAAAAAAAGAAGAAGACAAGCCACCCCCAGCACUUGGGCCUGGCAGCAUGAUCCGCUCGCUAGCUGCGCCUCUACGUCGACACCUACCUCGCGAGGGAAAAGCUGUCAUCAUUGCCUUUUCUACUUGCGGCAUGAAGAGCAUGCCCAUAGAGUUGUUCAAGAAUGAAGAAGUUAUGAUGAAUGCCACACGCCUUUAUUUCGAGAAUAACCGCCUGAAAAGCGUUCCUGGAAACAUCAACAAACUUGAGAAACUGGUUGUCGCUAACUUGCAAAACAACAUCAUCAAAUCCCUGCCCGGUUCAUUGUUUAAGAUACAGACCUUAGAGAAAGUAGACAUAACCAACAACGCCCUCAGAUCUCUACCAGCCACAAUCAGUAAAGCAGCCUCUCUUCGUGUUCUUAUCGUCAAAAACAAUCGCCUCCGCUCCUUGCCUGGCAGCAUCAACAAGUGUCCCGUGCUGGAGGAACUGGAUGCUUCUUACAACCAAGUCAAGUCUUUUAAGAAAAGCAUCUACGAAAUGGGAGCAUCUCUGGACUUGUCGCACAACUUGGUGACGGAGAUGCCGGCAGCCGACAUCAAGGUUGCCCGCCUGAAGCGCCUGGACCUGUCAUACAACGGGCUCGUCCUCCUCCCUGAAAAUAUCAGCAACGUCUCCACCCUUGUGUGGCUCAACCUCAAAGGCAACCAAAUUGUCAAUUUACCAUUUGAGACAAGUUUUCUUAGAUAUCUGCACACCAUUGAUGUGUCGGAAAAUAAACUGGAGGGACUAAUGGAUGAGAUGUCUUCUCUGAAACACUGUCUGCGUCACUUGCUGGCUUCUCGUAACAGUAUAACAGCUCUGCCGCCAGACAUCGGCAGAAUGGAGGUGCUAGAAACGCUGGAUCUUGCCAAUAACGAGAUCGUGGAACUGCCUGAGUCGUUCCCAGAGCUAAAGGUAAUAAAAACUCUGGACCUGUCCGGCAAUAAAAUUACCAAUGUCGACACCAUCACUCGCCUCAAGUCCUGUCAACAUCUGAGGCUGGCGCGCAACUCGCUGACGGAGCUACCGGAGGACUUGGACAAGCUGGUGAACCUCGUGACACUGGACGCAUCCGGUAACUUCCUCACUGUCAUCCCAGAAACCAUCAGCAGGAUCAGAACUCUCAAAAAUUUGGUCAUGGCGGACAACAAGUUGACCAGCAUUCCUGAGGAGCUGGGCGAAUAUCAGCUGCUUCUAACCCUGGAUGUCGGUGGCAACAAGAUCACAAGUUUUCCACAGCAGCUCAGCCGGCUGCGCAUGUUGGAGGUUUUGCGGAUAGACCGGAACCGGAUUUCAGUACUGCCAAAGAAAAUGGAAAUUUUGGCGCACCUUCUGGAACUAAAUGUGUCAGGAAAUGUUCUGGAGGAGUUCAUGCUGCCCAGAACACUGACCAGACUGCUCCUGGCUGGAAACCCUAUUCUUCUGCCUGCAGUAGACCCCAAGUCCAUCCUUGUGCAGCUGUUAGAUAGAGACCACGCGUGCAGGAUGAGCGUGCUAGACAUCUCCAGUAUCAAACUAGAUGAAGUUUCGCCCAGCAUUUGUCAGCUGAAGGUAUUGCAGGUCCUACGCAUGGCUCACAAUCUUCUAAAGAAACUUCCAGAAGAUCUGUUCAGAUUGAAAAUGCUUGAAGAACUGGACAUCUCCCACAAUGAGAUAACAUCUUUGCCGGACACUAUCAAGGAAUGUUAUCGACUGAGAAAAUUCGACGCUUCGUGGAACACUCUGACGAGGAUUACCGACGCCCUGACUCGCGCCACGCACCUUGAAGACUUGAACCUCAGCCACAACAACAUACACACGCUGCCCGAAAGCUUCGGUGGGCUGGUGAGGCUUCUAAACCUCAAUCUUUCUCACAACGACCUUUCUAAGCUGCCACUAGAUGAGACAGAGGCACUGGCAUCACUGCUGGUACUGGAUGUUUCACACAAUCAUAUUGAGUUCUUUCCUGAAGACAUUCCUUUCCUCUAUAGGAUGAAAAUUCUUAACUUCGCUGUCAACGACCUGCAGGAACUGCCCUCCAACUUUGGCCUUAUGGUAGGGCUAGAGAAGGUGGAUCUUCACGACAACCUGAUAGAAUCUCUUCCAGAAUCAAUCUUAAAAAUGUCUGUGCUGGUAGAGCUAGACGUCUCUGAUAACAAGAUCAGGUCCUUCCCAUCGAAAAUGGACAAACUGAGUCAACAUUGCACAAUCAACACCGAGAACCAAUCUUCAUACAAAACCCGGGAGAUGCAGGAUGAUAUUCAGGCCUCAGGGUCUCAGACAGCUCUGGGUGGCGGCACGGGGUCUCCCUCAGAAGCUCUGUAAUGAACGCAUGUCAACACAACACAGAGCCAUGUCACGAGAUGAACACAACACUCAACACACUCUCGUUAUAUGGGGCGAACACAACUCACAAUUCACAGC